AUGGGACACGACAUUAACGAGUACAAGCUUGUUGCAGAAAACAUUAGAGCUUCUACAAUUGCAAAAGAGGCAAAAGAAGUUCAUUUUGAGAGAAGCCUAAGAGUAUCCGAAGAAGAUUUGUUAUUAGAAAAAAAACUAAAUAUAGAUCAACGAAGAGCAUACAAUACGAUUGUUGAUAGAAUAUUUUCCAACAAAUCGGGAGCUUUUUUUAUUGACGGGCUAGGAGGAACUGGUAAAAAUUUCUUAUAUCGAAGUUUGUUGGCUACGGUAAGAUCUAAGGGAUUUGUAGCACUAGCAACUGCAACUUCUGGUGUUGCAGCUUCUAUUCUUCCUGGAGGGCGAACAACUCAUUCGCGCUUUAAGAUCCCUAUUGAUAUUGAUGAAAAUAUUGGUUACAAUAUCAGUAAGCAAAGUUCACUUGCAUGUUUAAUAUGA